GACAGCCCUUCCCUCCCCGCCGACAACCAACAUGUCCACCACCGUACCAUCAGCCUCGUUCGUCGAGGUCCCCGAGACGCUCCUCAAGAAGCGUAAGCAGAAUGAGAAGGUUAGGGAGGAGCGCUUGGCCGCUGCCGUCGAGGCGAAGAAGCAACGCAAAACGAAGCGCGGGGUGAUCUUCAAGCGUGCUGAAGCAUAUACAAAAGAGUACAUUGAUUCGGAGCGUGAGGAGUUCCGGCUGAAGCGUGAGGCGCGCAAGAGCGGGGACUACUACGUCGAGGCUCAACCGAAGGUGUUCUUUGUUGUCCGUAUCAAGGGUAUCUCCAAGGUUGCACCUAAGCCACGAAAGAUCUUGCAACUCCUCCGCCUUCGUCAAAUCAACAACGGUGUCUUCAUCAAGGUGACCAAGGCAACAGCACAGAUGCUCCGCCUUGUCGAGCCCUACAUCACCUACGGCGAGCCGAAUCUGAAGUCAGUCCGCGAACUGAUCUACAAGCGCGGUUACGGCAAGGUCGACAAGCAGCGCAUUCCCCUCACCGACAACGCAACCAUCGAGAAGACCCUUGGGAAGUACGACAUCCUCUGCAUGGAGGAUCUGGUGCACGAGAUCGUCACCGCCGGCCCGGCAUUCAAGCACGCGUCCAACUUCCUCUGGCCAUUCAAGCUCUCCAACCCGAACGGUGGCUGGCGCACACGGAAGUUCAAGCACUACGUCCAGGGUGGUGAUGUCGGCAACCGCGAGCACAACAUCAACAACCUUAUCAGGCAGAUGAACUGAGCUAGCUGGUGCUGGCUCGGGGCGAGAUCGUGUCCUGUGGGCAGUGGUUGGGUGCGUGAGUUGUGGGAUGGGGGGAUGUCAUGGUGACAUGCGAUACAUGCUUUGUAUGCCGUUUUCCAAAACUCUACUAGGGAAUUGAUAUGUUCCGAAC